GUAGCUUAUAGUUCCUGGAAAACCUUUUGAAGCAUCGUUAUUAAAUAGCUCAUGUGAUUGGCAGCUACAAGAAAAAAAACAUAAAAAUUAGAAAAAGAUUCUGAAAAAGAGAUUAGAACACAUGAGGAAGAACUGCUAUUAAUUAGAAAAGGUGAAAAUCUGAUUAAACAGGGUAAUCAACUCAUCAAGCAGGGUGAGCGUAAAAUAAACGAAGGGAAAUUACUGCUUCGUACUCAUGGAUCCAAUGUAAACAGUGUACCAUGUAGAGUACCUAAAUCAUCUGCAGUCAAUACAUCUUGUACACCAAAACCUAGAAAGUCUUUUAUUAAGCUUACAAACAGGAUGAAGCGUAAAAGAACAGAUAGUCUUAGAGAACGAGAGGUGGAAGAACUGCAAUUUAAAAAUAUAGUGACUCAUAAUCGUCAUCUUGUUCCUCCAGAACAAGAUGACGAUUGUUUAACCAAGUUGAAGCAACACAAAAAAUUGACAUAUCCAGAACAGGUUGAAUAUUCUGAAACCGAAGUAAAAUGUAGUCUUUUCCAUAUGAUAAAGCAUUCAGUUUCUAGAGUGUUUGAAUAUCUUUUGGAUUAUGAAAGUAACUGCAUAAUAAGUUUAUCACAAGAAGAGCGUGGAAAUGUACAAAUUAUUUGCAAAGUAGGAGGUGAUGGUCAAAGUGAUCAAUCUGAGUUUCAAAAUUCAGAAGGUGUAGAUGAUCGCUCUGUGUACAGUAUAGUGUUUGUACUGCUGGAGAUCCGAAGUGGAGAAAAAAUAAUAUGGAAAAAUUUAAUUCCAAAUAGUCCAGAUGCAACCCGUCAUCUUCUUUUUUGUUUUGCAAAAGAGACUGCUAGUUUUAUUCAGGAAAAAUUUGAACAUUUGAAAAAUGAAAUUUUUUUAUUGAAGAAUAUUGAAUUUAAACUUGGUGAAAGUACUUUUGUAGUAAAGUCUAGUUUGUCAACUAUUUAUACCACAAUGAAUGAUGAAAAAACACUAAACGCUGCUGUAUCAAAUAUGCUUAAAAAAAGAAUUUCAUCUCAGUCCUGCCAUGUAUGCCUUGCAAAUUCUAAGGAGUUUAACUUGAAAACUAUUUGGAAAAAAAAUAUUAAUUUAAACAAGCAUGUUUUGAAACUUGGAAUUUGCAGUCUUCAUCUAUGGAUGCGCUGUAUGGAGUGGAUUUUCAAUACUGCUUGUAAACUCCCAGCUGUUAAGCAAGGAAGAAAUAUUCCAUCACAAAAGAGUAAAGAAUUUAUUGAAAACAAAAAAAAAUUCCAGCAUUUAUUCAAGAUACAACUGAAUAUAAGGGUUUCUUUUGUCAGGAAAGGAUGUGGAACAACCAAUACUGGAAAUGUUGCUCGCAAAUUUUUUAAUAACCCGAUUGUGACAGGGAGAAUUUUAAACUUGGAUAUCAGAAUGAUUAAGUUGUUUCGAGAUUUACUCAUUGAUAUAAACAGAACAACUACAAGACCGGAUAUAAAGGUUUUCAAACAGAAAUCUGAACAUCUAUUUGCACUCAUAACUAAUGAUAAAUUUUUAAAAACCAUACCUAUGUCACAAUCUGUGCAUAGGGUGAUAGUUUCUUCUUUUAUAAGGUAUUUUAAUUAUCCGAUAGGUUCUUUGUCUGAGAAUGCUAUUGAAGCCAGAAAUAAGGAAAACAAAACUGCUCGAAUUGGUCAUGCUCGUUUAACCUCUUUUGCAGAAAAUACUAGGGAUACAGCUAAUUAUUUGUUUAUGACAUCUGAUAUGUACCUCUUUUGCAAAAAAAACAAAAUGGAUAAAAAAAGAGUGAAAACAAAAUAGUUUAAGAAAGCAAAGUGAAAGUUCUUCUGAUAACUGCUUAAAAUAAAGGAAGUAAGACCAUGAAGAAUCAUACUGAUGAGCUGUUCUGCGUUGAAUUUUUAAAAAACGGCUAUUUUCAUAGCCACAA